CCAUGUCGGCUCGGACGCGGCAAACGCCUUUCCCGGGCGUUGGAGGCCACUUCUUUAGGGGCUGCCGCGCGCGGGUGGCAGAAGGCGCUGGAGUCCGUCAUGCUGGUGGAGGUGUGCAUAUCGAGCCCCGGUACAGACUGUUUCCCCAGCUGACCAGAUCCCAGGUGAUCAAGGUGGAGUUCUUCAGUGCAAUCAUGUGGUUCUGGAUUCUCUGGCGAUUUUGGCAUGACUCAGAUGCCGUGCUGGGUCACUUUCCAUAUCCAGAUCCUUCCCAAUGGACGGAUGAAGAAUUAGGUAUCCUUCCUGAUGAUGAGACUGAAAAUGUAGACUCAACUCUUUCCAAGAGCCAGGUGAGAAUUUCAAGAAAUUACAGACGUCAUAUUGUAUAUUAA